UCGCGAUGGUUUAGAAAAUGACACUGCACAUAUAGAAGCACAUUGGAACGAGAAUACCAUGAAGGUAUAUCCGAAAUAUUUGGAUGUUCAAAGGUCUGCUGCACCUAAUGUGACUUUUACAUUUUUUAUUCAAGGCACAAAAACUGGAAUCGAAACAAUCAAUUUUACCUCAACAAACAACUCAUUAGGAUUUACUGAAGUUGUCGUCAAAGUGGUAAAUUCAAUUUAUUUAGAGGACAUAAUUUUUUUGUUAAAAGUGCUUUCUUACAUCAUUAUAUCCUUGUCUAUGUAUCCACAACUUUACACCAUAAAAGAUAUCGACAGGUUGAGCAUUUAUGAGAUUAGUGGGAUGAGUAAUGAUUUUGUGUAUCUUAAUUUAUUAGCCAGGGCUCUAAUGUUGUUCAAUACCCUACAAAUGUCUUGUUUGUCUAUGGAGGAAUAUCGCACGAGAUACCCAAAGGGACUCAUACCAAUAACUGGCGUUGACAAUGCAUUUGCAUUUCAUGGAUUUAUUGUGGCAUCUAUUUUGUGUCUACAGUCCAACAGAUACCCCGGUGCGGACAAGAAACUAUCUACUACUGCGAAAGUCAUUGUCAUAUUUUGCAUAAUUGUGCCAAACAUAGCGUAUUUUUUGGAGAUGCUGGGCUUCAUACAAUGGUUGGAUGUCAUUUAUGUGCACAGAUUUGAAGAGUGGUUACUUCUUUUUCUCAGAUAUUUGCCUCAGGUGCGACACAACUUCCGAAGGAAGUGUACUUUGGGCUGGAAUAUUUGGGGACCACUUGUAGAACUACUUGGACUUGGGAUAUCAGGAGUUUCAGUACUUUUACAAAUUAUCAACUUAGGAUGGAUCGUCACACCUCUGGAAAAUACAUUCGUGGAAUUAAUAAUUAUUGUUUUCGCAAUAUUAUAUAUUAUAAUUUUCAUAGUCCAACAUUUUAUUUAUUAUUAUGAACCAGAAAUUGACACAACCAGUAACAAAAGGAAUAGUUUUGAUUCAUGUGAAUGCGAACAGGACAAAACAUUGUAUUAUUUUGCAUAUUAACUGAAUAUAUUUUAACAAUAAUUUUAUAAUUAUGAAUUAAUAUUUUACGAAUAUGUUUACUAACUUAUUAUAAUAAUACAAAUAAAAAUCUGUCUAAU